CGAUACAUCCCUGAGGAAAAUCUAGUACCGCGAAUCCAAGCGAGUCACUUCAAUUCCAACGAAAUAUUGCGACAAUUCUAAUCCCGCGCCGCGGUGAAAGAAAAUUUCUCUCAAUUAUUAAACCAGAAGAUUUCCGGUUAACCGGAUCGAAUGGAAAUUUCGAUAAGUCGGCGGCAAUCGGUGGAUAAGGACUCUAAUUUGAACGCGAUCCGUCGUGACGCAUCGUUUCCGCAACGUCAGUUGCUCUCGUGUUUCUAGCGAAAGGGAAAAUGUCGGCGUGUUAGUGGGGUUUUGUUGUGCCAGCCAGAGAGUGCGACUUUUUGGCUACGGGGUUUCAUAUGCAUAUUUUUUAACGGGAAGUAGAUCCACCUAUCGGUACUGUUCCGAGAAGGCACAACCAUUCUCGCGUUUGCCAGUAAAUGGCGUAUAUACCCUACCAGUUGGCGAUGUCAGUAGCAAAAAAUGAUUUUAUCGUGGGUAGCAAGUACAGGCUGGUGAGGAAGAUUGGCUCAGGAUCCUUCGGCGACAUAUACCUCGGCAUCAACAUCUCUAAUGGCGAGGAAGUUGCUGUUAAGUUGGAAAACACGCGUGCUAGACAUCCACAACUCUUGUAUGAGUCGAAGUUGUAUAAAAUUUUACACGGCGGAGUAGGCAUACCUCACAUACGUUGGUAUGGACAAGAACGGGACUAUAAUGUACUUGUUAUGGACCUUUUGGGUCCAUCUCUCGAAGACCUUUUUACGUUCUGCUCAAGGAGGUUUACAAUUAAAACAGUUUUAAUGUUGGCAGAUCAAAUGAUUGGUAGGAUCGAAUAUGUUCACUGCAAACAUUUUAUCCACAGAGAUAUUAAACCAGACAAUUUUUUAAUGGGUAUUGGUCGUCAUUGUAACAAGCUGUUUCUUAUUGAUUUUGGAUUAGCUAAAAAAUUUAGAGAUAGUCGCACAAGAAUGCAUAUAAUAUAUCGGGAAGAUAAAAAUUUGACAGGAACAGCAAGGUAUGCUUCGAUCAAUGCACACCUUGGAAUAGAACAGAGUCGUCGUGAUGACAUGGAAUCCCUUGGCUAUGUGCUUAUGUAUUUUAAUCGUGGAUCUUUACCCUGGCAAGGGCUCAAAGCUGCCACGAAAAAGCAGAAAUAUGAGAAAAUAAGUGAAAAAAAGAUGUCCACGCCAGUAGAAGUUUUAUGUAAAGGAUUCCCUGCAGAGUUCGCCAUGUAUUUAAACUACACUCGGGGUUUACGUUUCGAGGAAAGUCCAGAUUAUAUGUAUCUUCGCCAACUUUUCCGUAUACUUUUCCGUACGUUAAAUCAUCAGUAUGAUUACACGUUCGAUUGGACAAUGCUAAAACAAAAGACAUCACUUGCCACUACUCUCGGAGUAGCUACGGGAGGAUUAGGUGUAACACCUCAGGCUGCUCAAGGGCAAGGGCAAGCCCUUGGUCAGACUCCUGCUAAGGCCAAUGAUCAAUCAGGUGCUUAUUCUUAUAUUAAAAAUGAUACGAAUCACGAUGCCCCAACGUAUUUCCUGAUAGAAGAUUGUUAAUUUGAAAAUAUCUCAGCAAUUAUUCAUUGAGCACGUUAAGACUACAAUCAUAUGUCGUUACAUCAAUCCUAUUUGCAGUCGAUAGUGUCCAAGAUCAGGUACACGACGUCGUACGAAAUACCAUGAAAGAGUUAAAUCAAUCAAUCCUUUAAGUUUAUACGAAGAAGGAGUUUUGCGAUUACUAGCGUAUCGUACACAGUAAAGAACAAUGCCACGGAUACACGUUUCUGAAUUCACUUCUGAACAGUGAAAACUUCAGUGUAUUCUCAGUGCUUAGAGUUUUGGUUGAUCCACCUCUUUGGGCUUAAAAUCCGAGUGAGAUCAGCCAGGGGUGGCUUGUUCUUAUUUUGUUAUUACCUAUUUAAUUCACCGUUGAAAAUAUUUGAAAUAAAGAUUUUGAUGCCCCGAGGAACUCUGUAAGGGAGUACACAUAAUAGUGUUGUAACGUGUGAUUUCAUCGAAAAUUCGACACAUCAUUUUCAUAGAAAGAAAGAGAGCAUUUCGAUCAGUCUUAAAUAUUCGGGGUUAUCAAUUGAAUAAACCAUAUGAAAUUUUAUAUCUAUUCUGCAAAUAGAAAGGGAAUAUGUGAAAAUGUGUGUGUAUGUGUGUGUGUGUGUGUGGGUGUGUGAGUGACUAUGUGAAACUAUGCAAGAGAGUAUAUAAAUAACUGUACUGAGAGUGAUAAGUAUAGUUUGUUGCUUCCCGAUUUUUGUUUCAAUCUCAGUACAAUAUAGUAUAUAUAUAUAUAUACUAAUUAUAUAUAUAUACAUAAUGUGUGCAUCUUUGAGAGAGAAAUGUUAAUAAUGUUUUUCUUACAUAAGCUACAUAUUUGUCAACAGUAUCAAAAAUCUCCUUUUGAUAUUAUUGACUCCGAUAACAUUUUUUUUAAUAUAAAUAUAUAUAACGUACACAUAGACGCAUACAUGCGUACAUGUGAAUAAGUGACAGUAACAUGGAAGUAA